AUGGAAAAAAAGAGCGAUAAUUUUAUAGACACCGAGCGACAGCUAUUAAAACUCACACGAAGCAAAACGAAAGCGAUUCUAGAGAAGGGAAAUCUUGACAAAAUCAUUCGACAUAAAGAAGCGUUGGGGAAAAUUGUGAAAGAAUUAGAAGAGCUUAAAAUACAAGGCGAAAAGGACAAACUACAAGAGGGGGAAGCGAUCGAAGAUGUUCAAAAAUGGGGAGUCGAUAUCGAAGGCGAGAUUGACGAGACGGAUUGCGAAAUAUCACACUUAAAUCAAUAUUUAACAGAAGCCGAGGCGAGGACUGAGAACGAGAAACGUGAAAAGGAGAAAAUAUUGCUAAAACAACAACGGGACGAAGAACUGUAUUUCGAAAAAUGUAAAUUGGAACAAAUGGCUAGCUUGGGUUCGGUUAGUGUCAAGUCAACAAAGCCAGAACAAGCAAAGGUGAGCAGUGUUAAAAUGCCUAAGUUAGUAAUAACAAAGUAUGAUGGUACAUAUGAAAGAUGGCUGUCUUUCUGGAAUAAAUUUGAAGCUGAAAUAGACAAUACAGACCUCCCAGCUGUAACCAAGUUCUCUUACCUAAAGGAACUGUUAGAGCCCCAUGUGUGUGACGAGAUUGAUGGGCUACCCUUUACAAUGGAGGGGUACACCGUGCUAAAAACAUUUUGA